UUUGUUUACAACAGCUCACAUCUGUACUGUACGUCAAGGAAAUUCCCGUGAAAUUAAUAUCAACUAACUUUCGAUAUCACUCAAGACUUUAAAGGAUUGCCACGAUACGCGAAUUCGAACGAACAAAUUGCAUAAGUAGGGAUGGGUGCAUGUUGCUGUAGACAAGACGUGGAAACAUCCAGUGGAUGUGCAAGCCUCGCCAAUGGAAUACAGAACGAGAUUGCAUAAGUAGGGAUGGGUGCAUGUUGCUGUAGACAAGACGUGGAAACAUCCAGUGGAUGUGCAAGCCUCGCCAAUGGAAUACAGAACGAGGAAAGCCUUACUUGUUCCGGAGGAGUGUCGAUCAACAAGCGAUAUCAGAAAUUUCAACCAACCGUGCAGGUAUACCAUUAGAUUUGUUCGUCUUAUAGUUGUUUUUAUUGGUAGUUUAUACUGAACAUUAUACAUACAAAAACGUUCUCAGAGAUAUUGGCCAACCGACUGAGACACAUACACAAAUUGUUGACCUAAAAAACAUGACGUACAGAAAAGACAGACAAGAUUGUCACAUAUAUUCUUGAGUCACGCUCUGUACGAGGCUUAAUUCAUGUGCGUUAAGUGUCGUCCUGUAUUAGCCUGUUCAGUCCGCACCGGCCGCAUUUAUUGUAAUUUUCGUUUAAAGGCAUACUCCUCUAGAAAAUAAUCCAGUUAUGGCGGAAAGUGUCGUACUUGAUUAGCCUAUUCGGACUGAACAUACUAAUCUGGGACGGCACUUUACGCGAACGGAUUGAUCGGGUUCCAAUUAACAUACAGGCAAGCAUGGCAUCGAAAUGUACAUACUGACAUAUAUUCGGUUAACAAAAACCUUCAAAACACACACAUCACGAAUGUAAAAUAAGACUUUAACCGAUCAUUUGUGUAUCAUAUCUGAUUUAUCUCUAUUGGCGCCUGUAUGCAUUAUUCAGUUAUUGUUUACAUGUUUAUGGACGUCACAUAAUUAAAUGUAAAACUAAAUAAUAGUGAAUACCAAAUAAUAUGAAGCCAAUUGGAGUAAUAUACUUCACCCACUGCAUGUUCGAUACAAAACUAUCAAUAAGAUUUACUAGUAAAGAGUUAUCAACACAUAUUAAUAACUGAUUGAUUUUAAUGUAAGAAAAUGACAAUAAACAAUGCGUACCAACCAUAUUCUGUAACUUUGUAGAGUUAAUACGUUCCAAAAUGAUAUUGAUUUAUCAACAAUCUUAACCACUGAUCAAAAGCGAAAUAAAAUUUGUAAAUCUAGAUUUAGAGCACUUCACAGAAUUGUCUAUACGUUUGUCGGAAGUACUUGAUGACAUAGGAGCUGGAAAGGAUACUGUAUUGGAGAGGAGAAGAACAUACCUCUGGAGGGAGCGUAUGGAGAUGAUAGACACUAAAAUAGGAGGAAGAGAUUGGAAUUUCUUUCAUUUCGGGAGCCAAACGGAAGGCACCACCACUCCCGGUCUCCAGUCUGAUAUUGAUAUCUUAUGCACUGACAAUAAAGUAAAUGCCAUGAGAUCCUAUAGCGACUGGAAGGCUGGGAUGACGAGGAACUAUCUGAUGCUCAACGACGAAAUCACUCCUCCUCAACAGUACUUGCUGCAAGUCAUCAAACUGAAAACCCCGGAACCGGAGAUCAGUCUGUGUGAUGACUGUUUCGUAAGGAAAGAUUCCGGGCAGGUACUUUUAAGCGCUGAACGCUGGAAACAAGACCAGAAGUUACUGAUAUGGGAUCGAGGAUCAGGUAUUGCAACCGAAAAUGGCCCUUCUGUGAGCUGGGUGCCUAAUUGGGAUAUAGUACAGUCAAUUCACAUACUCAAACCUCUUCCUGAGAUUCAACACUGGAUAGCCAGAUGUAGUGGUAGACCUUGGCCGCCUGUUCAGGUACUUGAGGCUGCAUGCGUUACUCCAUGUUUCCUCUUACCCGCAGGUCAUCCAGACAGUGAUUACUAACGCGAAGAAUGGCGACUGUCUCCGAACCUGAUAGAACGAAUGUUGAUGUUUAGCUUUAAUAUGACACAAAUAAAAUGUCACAUUGUUUUAAAAUUAAUUAAAAAAGCCUUAUUUGCUAACAUUGUAGGAGAUUCUAUAACAAGCUUUCAUGGUAAAACUAUAAUAUUUUACAUAAUAGAAAGAACGCAUCCUUCCCUGUGGUUCGAACAUAACCUUAUGUAUCUACUUUGGCUCAGUUUAAAUGUAUUUAGGAAAUGUCUACGAUUGGGAAGGCUCCCGCAUUAUAUCAUAGAAGGAGUAAACUUGUUUGAUGGGAAACUCUCUAAAGUGAAACAGAAACGCCUUUUAGUGUAUGUAGACUCCAUGAUAAAGGACAACUUACAAGAUGUAUUUCAUAUUGAUAUAGAUAACACAGGACGUCGACUACGAGCGUGCAGUAUGCGACGUUUUGUACACGGUGGUGAACAAAGACGCGUAUCCAUAUGCAACAGCAUCAGCUUAUUGCUGAAGUACGAUUGCGUGACCACGUUUUUAAGUCGGUUAAUGGAUACAAUAUGUCUACUCAGUUCUAAUAAUACCUUCGAGGAAGAUAUGCCACAUGUUUUACGCAAUGCUUUGGAAUGCUACAGAAAUUCCAGAUUGAAAACUGCUGCUUUAAAAUUUAUUAAAUAUGUGCAUGCGUUUCAAAAUUCUAUCCAAUCAUCUGAAUGUUUGCGACUAGGACACGUUGUUAACAGCGGAACUGUAAGUCGUUUCCAAUAUUCCCUAAACUCUGAUGUGGCUUCAGGACGCUUAAAGUUGGCUUCUGUAUUGUACUGUGGUGGUAAUCUUCAAGCGGCAGUGCGAGUGUUGGAGGACGUGGAGAGGAGAUAUCACAGCAAUGUCAAGGCUGUUUGUGGAUGGAGGGGUAAUGGGGGGAAGGAUAUUAUGAUAUCAGGAAACACUGAAACGCAAUUCGCAUUCUGUGUCAGUUUUUUUAGGCAAGAAUUGUAUUGCAUUCCUUUCAUAUUAUUGUUUGAAAUGAAUCGCAACCGCUUUGAAGAUGAAUUGGACGAGAGAAGUUACAAUGAACACAAAUGGAUGCUCAGUGCUGAGGUAGAUGCCCUACCGUUCUUAUACUAUCUGCAGUAUCUCACGUAUGAAGGACUCGGUGAACGUUACAAUCAGCUACGUGCUUUGGAAGUCUUGGAGUUGUAUUUAGGUGAUAACAGAAAUAAACUGUUUCACCAAGAGACUGCAAUUAACUUCCUGGGUCACUGCUAUGAAAUGGAAGAGGAUUAUGAAGCGGCAUUACAUUACUACAGAGAAUCGUUGCGGUGGGGGAAUAAAAACAAUGCUGCUAACUGGCACCUUGCGCGUGUUCACCCUAUUAUAUAUGGUAAUAUAUUUUAAACAUGUUGCUUUGGCAAGACAUUAAAAACUUCACUUUACACGUAUUUUUAGGAUAAAAUAUUUGUCGUCAGUUAUUUGUUAUGUUUUUAAUACAUAAACAAUAAUAUUGAACAACAUAAGAAAACGCAAUGUUUAUGUGAAUUUUAACAUCGCUAUUAUAUUCUUAAGCACCUUUAAAAACUUCCAAAUAGCAGGGGAUUUAUUGUACAUUUUGUUUAGUUGUUGAGAAUUCUCAUUAAAUUAUGUUUUAUACAAAAGUUGAUUUAUGUAUGCCAUAUUUAUAUGCUAUAAUAUUAGCCUGUAAUGAAUGCCUUGAACGUGCUUUAGAAUAAGAAGUCUUAAUCAUUAUAUUAUUAAUAAAACAUUUAUAUCCGUUUGAAAAAUAAUAAUGUAUCCAUCAAGGUUCAUAAACCAUUGGACGUUGUUGUUUUAUAUCAAUUAUUUCCAAAAUACGUCCUUGAUGGCUCAGGACUAUGGAGAAGAAUGUAUAGAGUUUAUAAAAUAAUGUGUAAUUUCCUUAAUUAAUGAACAUGUAUGAAUAGGGUUUUUAUGCAAUGCUUGCAUGUGUUAUGCUUAAAUAGGUGCUUUGAUAUAUCACCCGAGCACGAAAUUCUUAUUCUGACUUAUUUUCCGUUCUUCGCAAAUUAAACAUUAAAUAUAUUACUUGAAUACAAUAAAAUACCAAGUUUAAGAGUG